UAGCGUUGUUUUGUGAAAUGUGACAUUUAACCCGUUCCAUGCUUCAGUAAAAAAAAAGUAUACCGAAAUAUGUUUAUAUUUGAUUUUUGGUCUGGAGUUUAAGGCAGCUAGUCACGAGGCCCAUGAUGCGGAAGAGUCGCGGGGAUCUGAUUAUCAUCAAAGCAAAAACCACUGCACUGAUUUACUGUUCUCACUCUUCUUAGUGUUUAAUUUUACACCAAAGGACAACGUGGUUUCUCGAGAAAGGGCAGCGGACAGGUAAUGCGAAAUGUCGUCGGAGGAGUUCGAGAAGUUGCACGAAAUGUACGGAUCACUGUACGAGGAGCUCAAGCUAAUGCCAGACAGAGCUCUGACAAGCCACGGAGAGGAGAGGAAGAAGUUGGUGAGAACCUUCGAUGAGAGGCUGGGGGAGGCUGAGGAAGUGUUACAAGGAAUGGAAGAAGAGCUGCGUGCUGCCCCUUCUUCCUAUCGAAAUGCUAUGAGCACAAAGCUGCGCCUGUACCGCCGGGAUCUGGGCAAGCUGCAGAGGGACAUGAAAAACUCUGCUCCUAGCUUUGGCUCCUCUUUCCAGCCAGUGGGAGGAAGUCAUCAUAGCAUCUAUUCAACACAAAAUCAGCAAAGUACACACCUGCAGUCCCAGAGAGCCUUGCUACUGCAGGGCACAGAGUCUCUGAACAAUGCCAGCCAGAGUAUUGAACGAAGCCAACGCAUCGCUGCAGAGACAGAGCAGAUCGGUACAGAAGUCAUCGAGGAGCUGGGAGAGCAGCGAGAACAGCUGGACCGCAGCAGAAACAAAUUGGUGAAUACUGGAGAGAACCUCAGUCGAAGUCGAAAAAUCCUUCGUGCCAUGUCACGUCGGCUGAUGACGAACAAGUUACUUUUAGGUGUCAUCAUUUUAAUGGAGUUGGCCAUCCUGGGAGCUGUGAUUUACCUGAAGUUCUUCCGAUGAUGGUGAGCAAACUACACCACCUGAAGGGCAAACCCAGAUCCUCUACGUCUGUUUCCCUUGACUAUCCACUAGCAAUAAUGCUGUUCUGCUGUAUUCAGCCAACUGUUUCUGUGAGUGCAAACAAGGACAAUGAGAGGAUUCAGUCUUAAAGUGAACCUUUACUGAGAGUGGAUUCUGUCCAUGGGCAGGUGAAGUUCAUUUGACAGCAGUAACAAAUUGUUGAUCCUGUUAAUGGACCAAACCUACAGGAGCUCCAUGGACAAACUGUGAUCUGAGAUUUGCACUGUUUUAUCAGACUGUUAAUGCCAGUGAUGUCCUGUGGGUGGAUUUUCUGGACUUGUGUGCUGGCUGCUGCAGAUCCCAGAGAUGAUUCUCUGUGAGGUUUUAGUCAUGUCAGAGUCUGGUCUCCUUACUCCCACAUGUGAAGAUUCCCUGGUGACAGUACCUGGGACGGUAGCUUUGGCUCCUACAGUACUGAUAGUCAUUGGCACAGGACUUCUAUGAGUUUAUAAAUUCUAAGAUUGGGAUACUUUUCUGUUAGAAUUCAUGACAGUUGUAUUGUUGAUUAUCUUUAUAAAACUAAACAACACUAUGUGAUGAAAUGGCAGCAGCUAAAUCCAUUUUUGAACUAUGUCCAUGCCCGGUAUCAAGAUGGUUGUGUUGAGCUAAUUUUUCCAAUUCUGAGCACUGAGACCUGAGAGAUAAUUAGUCUCUUAAUAAAGUACUCUUAACACAGAUGCAAUGUUCUUAACAGUUAAUAAUGUCUAAUCACUGUAUAAUACAAAAAUCACUGUUACAAAUGGGCUUAGGUAUUCCUUAUUGACAGUCUUCACAUCAUUAAAGCUAAUCUUUAACGUCA